UGUGGAGUACGAUCAUCUCAUCACAGGCAAGCUAGCUGGCUCAAACUGGUCAUCGUCAGAAAUGGCUCUCAAGAAUUUUCUUGUCCUUGGUGUCUUCCUGGCUGCCCUGCUCAUGUUCUCCCUGGAUGAUGUAGCUCAUGCAAGAGAGCUCACUGAAGCCAAUGAAUCUGAGGGAAAGAAUGUAAAACCUACGGGAGGGCCAGGGGUUGAGGAUCAAAAGUGGGGAGGUGGAUACUACCCUGGUGGAGGAUAUGGAUAUGGUGGUGGGUACGGUGGAGAAUAUGGUCGUCCUGGGUACGGUGGUGGGUACGGUGGAGGAUAUGGUCAUCCUGGGUAUGGUGGUGGCUACGGCGGUGGAUAUGGACGUGGGUAUGGUGGCGGGUACGGUGGUUCGGGUGGAGGAUAUGGCGGUGGAUACGGAGGUGGAUACGGAGGUGGAUACGGUGGUGGUGGGGGUUACGGUGGAGGAUAUGGUGGUGGUGGUUGGUACUAAGAAGCAGUUGAAUGGUACAUAAUAUGCAUGUUUGUGUGUGCUAAAUAAGUCAUGUAUGACAGAUUUGCUUGAACAUGUAAUUGCUUCAAUGUAAUUGCUUCAAUGGUGGUGUAGUAGUGAGAGCUUUGAAGACCCACCUUUGUUUGGUAUUUAUGUUUCAUGCAUGUAUUUUAGAAUCUAGUAUUGUAAUAUGGCAUGUUUGAAAGUAAUUAAAUCUCGUCCUUCUUUCAUGAACA